UCCUGUGUCGGAGGGAGAGCAUCUUCCUGAAGGAGGAGGAGAAGCCCGCGUGCAGGAGUUCUUUCUUUAGUUUUGUUUUAUUGCUGCCGGGGAGGUGGAGCUGUGGGUUUUUACGCGCCGGAAUGAUGCGUCCCAACCGCGGCUUCAUCCUGCUCCUCCUCAACGGAACCGCUUGUUUGGUGGCCCUGGGUCAAGAAGACGACUCCCCCAGCACCAAGAGCUCUUCAGACGACUCCUCCUCGUCUAAGACAGUGGGCCUCCUCACAGGGCAGACUCCCCUCUCGCCCCUGAGCCGCUGGAUGCUCCACAGUAAGAGCAGAGCAGCUAACGCCACCUCUCUGGAGCUGCCCUACCGCUCCCCGGUCCCCUUCGCCAAGCAGGAAUUUUCCAAACAAGAGUUCUGGGAGAUGUUAGGCAGCGAUCUUCUAAAGCCUGACUCCUCCAGCUCCAGGGUCAAACGGCGGCCAAUCGUCAAGACCGGCAAGUUUAAAAAGAUGUUCGGCUGGGGAGACUUCUACUCCAACAUCAAGACGGUGAGGCUUAACCUGCUGAUCACUGGCAAGAUCGUGGACCACGGGAACGGCACGUUCAGCGUCUACUUUCGCCACAACUCCACGGGCCAGGGCAACAUCUCAGUGAGCCUUGUGCCGCCGGUCAAGGCCGUGGAGUUUGAUCUGGAGCGCCAGAGCGUGGUCUACCCAAAGGACUCAAAGAUCUUCAACUGCCGCGUGGACUAUGAGAAAGUGGAUCGCAGCAAGCGCACCUCGCUGUGCAACUACGACCCGUCCAAAACCUGCUUUCAGGAGCAGAUCCAGAGCCACGUGUCCUGGAUCUGCUCCAAGCCUUUCAAAGUCAUCUGUAUCUACAUCUCCUUCUACAGUACGGACUACCGCCUGGUCCAGAAGGUGUGCCCGGACUACAACUACCACAAUGAGAUGCCCUACCUGCCCUCGGGGUAGAAGGCUUGUAGAGGGGGAGGAGAGGUGGGAAGGGAGAAGGAAGAAAAAAAGGGGGUGAGAAGGAAAGAC